CCCAGGACACAGACAGCACACUCCCCACAGCCUGAGAGAGGAGAGAGCACAGACACUCUGCGCCUGAGCACAGUGAGUACAGCACAGGACACACAGCGGCGUGCACAGGCCCACCGUGAAUCCACAGAAAGGCAGUCAGGAAGGAUGAAUGCACUUUUGCAGUUGGCAGUGUUGAGUCUGUUGGCCACACUCUGUGUGUCCUAUGAUUCCUACGAGAGUAACGAAUCCCUGGAAGACAUCUUCAUCGGUUCACGUCGAGCCAAUUCCUACAUGAGACCUGUGCAACCAGGCAGCUACUACCCCAGGAGGAUUCUGAAGUCCCCUGUGGAGAUACGCACAGAGAUCUGUGAGGACUCUUUGCAGUGCAAGCGCUACGCUAUGUACCACGGAUACCAGCAGGCCUACGAGCGAUACUUUGGGGGUCCGGCCCAGAGUGGGAGGCGUGGCCGGGGAGCUCAGCCCCGAUAAGGCAGCGGCCCGCUGGCCGUGAGCAGCCCCUGCUCGGCACAGUGUAGUGCCCAUAUCACCCCUGUACCUGUAUAACCCUCACCUACUCACAUGUAUCGGCAGCGCAGGCUCACUGCGGGAAGGCUGCAGGUCCCCGGGCCCGGUGCCAGCGUCCCCAGCGGACCGGGCAGGACCAGGCUGGAGCAGGCUGGAGCGGGCUGGAGCGGGCUGGAGCGGGCUGGAGCGGGCCGCACUGCGAUCCGGCUCCCGGGACCGGUUCUGACGUCCCCGCCGCCACAGCCCCCAGACAGAACCACCAGCAGCCGCGGAUCCGGUCUGGCCUGCUCUGGACCUGCUGGUCGCUGGCCUCUGGCUCUGGGCCGCAGCCGGAGACCACACGCCUGUAGAAACAUGCUUGAAACACGCGUGCUCUCCGUGUACACAACCUGCAGUCAAUAAAGGCAAAUAGAGCUA